AUGGCGCUCUUCUCUUUCCUUCGCUAUAGGCGACCGAAGAAGGUUGACCCCGAGACAUAUCGUCAGGCUCGGAAAUCUUUGGAAGAGAGUGAAGGAUCUGUCAGGUCUGGCCUCUCCGGCGCUUCAUCCGGUAUUCCAGAUGCCUUGAGCUUUGAUAGAAUCAUUAAUGGCGGAACCUGCCCGCCCAUGGCUCUCCGCGAUUUCAUGAACUACCUCAUAUAUGUCGAGCACGCUGCCGAGAACCUGCAGUUUUAUCUCUGGUAUAAGGAUUACGAAAAACGCUUCGGCGAGGCAAACGUUAGCGACAUCAGCCUGUCUCCCGAGUGGACUCAGGUUAUGGAAGACGAAGCCAUGGCCAAGGUUCGCAGAGAGCAAGCCGAAAAAAUGAAGAAGGAGCCUGCAGCCGCCGUUGCAAUCUUCAAGGGAACCGAUUUUGAAAAGAACGCCGAAAGCAAGAGGUGCAACCCCUUCAAUACGCCACCUCGUUCUGCAAAUGGCAUCUCGGACAACGAUUCGGCUUGGGAUGGCGCGACAAUUAAUGCCCCCAACAACAUGCUCUCCGUAUCCCACGGCACUUCACGCACACAAGUUGCGGAGGCGUUCCAGGCAGCCGGUGCUAUGGCUCCUUUCACUAUUCAGCCCUUCCACGAGGAAGUCACUCGAAUAAUCACCAGCUACAUCAUGGAUGGCGGCUCACGGCAGCUUAACCUGUCCGACUGGGAGCAGAAGGUGGCCGUUCAAGCGUUGACAUAUACCACUCACCCCUCUGCUUUCCGGCUUCUGUUCAAGAUUGUUGACUCGGCACUUCGAAUGCAGUCACAUCCCAACUUCAUUCGCUGGUCGAUCUGCAAUGGCAAUCUCCCUCGUGUUUGGUUUGCCCGCUCUCUUGGCGUUGCUCUCAUACUGGCGGGCUUCGUCGCCGCCAUACUCGUAACGCUCAGCGAUGCUGGCCGAGGAUACCGAGUUCUCCCGCUCAUUGCCUGGGUCUUGGGAAUAAGCACAUUAGUUGCCGCGUGGAAGGGCAUGUGCGUUGUCUUGCACGGCCUGCAUCACCGCCAUAUUCGUCCCUGGGAGCUAUUUGUACAAGAGAAUACCGAGGAAAUGAAGACGCGCAGCAUGGAAUCUUUUGGCUCUGACAACAGCUACGAAGACGAGCCAUGGGUGGUCAAGUAUCAGCAGAGAAACGUCCUUCGUAAAAUCUUUGAUCGCGAGAUAUGGAUUCAAGAGCCUGCUUUGAGGCAAAUCCAGGAUACAAUAUUCUAUCAGGCCCUGUGUGCAGGCUUUGUGUUUGGUCUUGUUUUUAUGGCGAUAUUUCUCGCCGUUCCUGGUGGACAUUUGUUUUAG